AAGUGGCCCGUGUAUCUUUGUGCACGGCGGACGUCUGAUGGAGACAUUUUAAAAUAAACACACGGCUAAUAGCUAACUGCUAACAGGGCUCGCAAAGGUGCGAGCGUCCUGCGCCGAUAUAUUUUUAAAUUCUUCAUAUCCGAGUAGUACAGAAAUACAGUAGAUUUAGUACCUGAAGCGCCACAAAUCAGAGAGGCUACAAAUUACCGACGAUGAAAAGUCUGAUACUGGAAAAGGGAGAAACGAACUGACGCCGCGGUGAGCUCCAAACUAAGCACAUUGGUCCAUGUUUGUUGGACCUUUGGGCUCUGAGCUCAACUAGCAUGAAGAUGGCUGAUUCAGAGAAGGCAGAAGAAUUUGUGGAUGCUGAAUGCCCCCCGGAGUGCCUUCAUGAAACACAAUCAGCUACAACUUCUCUUCAGGGAGAGCAGGAUGAGCACCAAAAAACAGAGACCACAACCAGUACCAGCUCACCGCCUAGGGAAAAGGAGGAGGAAAGCCCUCUGCAUACAGAGGGUGAGCAGAGUCUCCUCUCCAUGCCAUGCCUAAUGAAGGAGCUCCGGCGUGACUCCCCAGAGUCCCAACAUGCAUCUACAGGGAGUGACAAGCCUGUGUCUCGUCAAAUCUACGAGAGUGACUCCUCAAACCCCUGUAUGCUCUCGCCCUCAUCUAGUGGCCACCUUGCUGACUCAGACACACUAUCCUCGGGGGAAGAAGGUGUGGCCCCUCAUGUAGGGGAAGACGGAAACAUGGAAGCAUCAAACGAUCCUGGUCAGGCAACAGGUCGGCAAUCUGCCGCAGCAACAGGGGGCAGGAAGUCACGGCGGUCUCAUUCAGAGAGUGAGAUGCCUCCCAAUGCAAUGGCUGCAAAGAAAAACCGCUGCCAGCCCACUGUGGUAGCAGCAGGAGGGCAGGAAAAACAAACCAAUGGCAAGCUGGCAAAAGUGAAAGGUCAGCGGAGCCAGAAACACAAGGAGCGUAUGCGCUUGCUGAGGCAAAAGCGAGAGGCAGCAGCACGGAAGAAGUAUAACCUGCUGCAGGACAGCAGUACGAGUGACAGCGAGCUCACAUGUGACUCAAGCACCAGCUCCUCCGAGGAUGAGGAAGACGACACUUCAGGGGGUAGCAAGACAAUCAAGACAGAUAUUCCAGAUGGGCCUCCAGUAGUGGGCCACUAUGAUAUUUCAGACACUGAUUCUAACCAGGAGAGUAUGUGUGUGGAAACAGUCCGGCCCACGGUGAUAAAGCAUGAGCUAAAAACACACAGAGGCCAGGAUAUGGCAGCUCACUCUGGGUGUAUAAGAGCUCUGAGCUCUAUCACAGGCCACGCGGACGCAGCACUGUCGCACAAGGAGACUUUGCAGCACAACAAGAGCCAGAUUAACAUAGCCUCCUCUGAUAGUGAGGUGGAAAUAGUUGGGGUGCAAGAGAAAGCACGAUGUGCCCACCCAUGUGGAGGUGUGAUAAAGAGUUUGUCCUCCUGGAAGGAGAACUCAAUGGAGCAGUUAAACAGCACAAAUCAGCCACAGAUCUGGACUACUGUUUCUCCUCAGCCCAACUGGGUGUCCCCUCCUGAAGUGGUGGACCUCACGCUGGACGAGGAUGCCGGACACAAAUACCUACUUUAAACACCUUGUACACUGAAGACCCCUUAUUUCUUCCUCUCACUCCUCCUCCUCUUUCUCCUUCUUGCCUCACCUCAAUGUUACGGCUGAUGUCCUUCCAGGUAGUUGCAGCCUCGUCUGUAACUUCUCGUGGACUCUUCCUUCUCCAGAGCACUGUUUAUUUUUAACUUACUGUCGAACAAUCGUGUAUCAAAGCCAUUUUACUGACGUGAUUCCCUGACCUCAGCUUGUCAACUAUGAGUUUAGUCGUAAUAAAAUGGCACAGCAUUUCAAGUGAGGUGAAACGUAUGUAAGAGUGACUUAUCUGUUAGCUAUAGCAAUAUCCUCCCUCCGUUUAAUACCUCAGUUACCCCUUUACAACCCAUCUAGGUUGUCAUUUUGUGUGGUGUGCUUGUAAGCUGUAUAGUGAAUCUUCAAGUUGCUGCUUGAGAGCAGGUCAGUAUCAGUAGUUGUUGACCUGCUUCACUACAGACUCAUGUGUGCAGACUGGAUAUAGCUUCUUUUUUGCCUGCAGUUGCCUGCCAUCAAGACAAUAUGGCAGCUGGUACACGUCCUGUUGUACAGUAGGCCAUAGAUAGAGUGCAGGGUUUGCUUUGUUUAUUGGUCUAAAGUUGUUUUGUUUAACAAAAGUCUCAGCACUGGUUUUACAUUUUAUUUCCGUCUGUUUUGAUGGCUUUGUUUAAUUGCACAGUGCCCAGAAUACAGAAGUACUCUGAUACUGUUGGAGCGUUUCAGUCUAUCCUAAAGGGAUAGUUGAGCUUUUUUUUCGGGGGUGGGUCUUAUUUGCGAUCUUGUCGAGAGCUACUACAGAAGAUUGAUUCCACCGUCAUAUCUAUGCAUUAAUGGUUGAUUUGGCUUAGUAUAAGGACUGGCUUUGCCCAAGUGAACAACAUUCGCCUGCCUUCCCUAAAUUAACCUGCUCAACUGUGUUGUGGCCAGGAACAGUGACUUCCUGAAGUGUCCACUUGUUGUGUGACUCCUGUUGAACCCCCGACUUCCUCGUCUCCAGUCAAAUGAAAGUGGCAUCAAUCUCCUCAUCUAGCAACUCGCCACUGGAACGCAAUUGUGUUUGUGUUGAAUUUUACUCUCUGAUUUAGUUUCUGUUACAAUAUUGCAACAAAUUUUCCCUUUUCAGCAAAAACACUGGUUAAUCUCCAAAUCUAAGGGUUGGAUUACGAACACACUACUUUCCACAGCAGUACUAUGAUGGAGAAUUGGCAGUAGAAAUGAUGUAUCUUUUGUUCUGACACACACUUUAUGUUGCAGGCCACAAUUCUGCUAAAGUCAGUGUGUCCCAGGUGAGUUAUCAGUGAAUGUAUGAUCUUGCAGAGCUGAUUGGGUGCACUGACUGGUUUGCAUGUUCAUCCUGAGUGAAUGCAAACACCUUUAAACCUCUGGGGACCCCUUUAAAACAACCAAUAAAAGAUGUAUCUUCCAUUCAAUACUGCAAAGCAACAUGGCCUGAAUGCCUUGAAAUGUGCACUAUUUUCUUUUAGAAUGGUAUAAAGCUUAUUCUUUUACCUUGCAAUUUGCUAUCUCUAAAAUAAAUAUUUUAAUAAUAGAUGUGAAUUUAGCACAUGUACAAAAAUAAGUAUGGUGUUGAGUUUGUGGCCACGUGUGAGGAAUUUUUAGAAAAGCUAUUUACUGUAUGAACUGUUUUUUUACCCUGAACCUCAGGGAUGCUUUCUCGCUUUCCUUGUGGUCUUAUUUUUGUCCUAAUGCAGUACUACAUUUACUCUGCUUAAAUUUCUGUCAACAAUCAAACAUACUGUUUUAACACUUUAGAUUUGUUUAAUUUCUUAUUAAACAUUCACUUAAUGUUUGAGAAUUAUAGAAUUGUAAUAUUUUUACUUCUGCUGGUCACAGAAAGGGAAAAUCUAUGUAUAAGGAACUAAACCAAAGUCUAAAUGGAACCUUUCAGUUUGUUUCCCUCAUUUUAAAUUUGCUCUGUACAUCAAAAGUAAUUUUUGGAGGCCAGUGAUCCUAUCGUGACAUUUGUGAUUCACAUGCCUCUGAAAGAUUUUUAGUUUUCCAUUGGCCGGAUAUAUCCACUGUAUUCAGCUAUCACUGUAAUGGCAAAUAUUUUACCAGACCACUUGCUUGCAAAAUCCUUUUUGCUAUUGAUCCUUAGAAUUUACUAUGAAAUGCAAUUUCUCAUUUCUCAUUUCUUUAGAAAUAGUGGUUUGGUAGAAAAUUAAGGGCAGCAGUGCUAAGGUGUGGUUACACAUUGCAUGUUUGUUCACCGCUCGUCCAUCCUGUAACAUUGACUCAGAUAUUCACCUCCUUACCAGUAAUUUUGACUUGCUCUUUAUUUCUGUUUUAUUUUAUUGACAGUAUUUAAAAAAAAACACAAAUGUGUUUAUUUUGUUGCUUUUGCAAGUCCUAGACUUCCUUGAAAUUAUGUCUGUAGAACAAAAAGGAACUAUUUUAAAAACAAAAUAAAUAGAGGAUUAUUUAAUGA